CGAGCUGCUGAAGGCUGUUCAAAGCUUCAGCCUUCAGAAUCGAUAUACCAGAGCUGCACGGUGGCGCAUCCAGGUUGUGUCUGUCGAGCAGAUUGUUGCUGAGCAGAUCGUUGCUUACAAGCAUGGAGAGGGGUCUGGCAGAAGCUGGCAAGUUGCUGCAGGGCUUGAGAUCUUCUUUUCAAUCGGGGGAUGUCGCAUCAUGUCAGCAGCACCUGGGGCAAUUGAAGAUUCGUAUGACACAGUUCCCUGCCCUGCCACCCCUGUUUCAGAAGACGCCAACUCAGAAGGAGGAGUUGUCGCUUGGAAGAGAAGUGUUAGAGUACGCUGUUCUUCUCACAGUCAAGAAAGAGGACGAGGCUGGGUUUGAGAGGCAGUUUCUGCAGUUGAAACCGUACUAUGUGGAUACACGGAACUCCAUACCCCCCUCCUCCCGGGAGCAGCUGAUCACGGGCCUAAACUUGCUGCGCCUGCUAGUCCAAAACCGUAUCUCCGAGUUCCACACCGAGCUGGAGCUGAUUCCCUCCGCACAGCACAGCAGUCCUUUCAUUCGUUAUGCCAUCGAGCUGGAGCAGUCCCUGAUGGAGGGCGCAUACCAAAAGGUCCUCAACUCGCGGACGAACCUCCCCGACCAGAGCUACGCGUUCUUUGUAAACCUGCUCCUUGAUACCGUUAGGGACGAGAUUGCGGGCUGCAGUGAAAAAGCAUACGACUUCCUGUCAUUAGCCGAAGCCAAGAAGAUGAUGCUUCUGAAAACGGAUCAAGAAGUCGCAGAUUUUGCCGGGAUGCGUGACUGGGACAUCAAGAACGGCUCCAUCUACUUCCGGAAGAUAAAUGAAGAAGCCAUUUCGAAGGACAUUCCCUCACAUCAACUCAUAACACAGACCCUAGGUUAUGCAAGGGAAUUGGAGAGGAUAGUGUAGGCUCGAGCAAGCAGAUCUUAAUAUGCUUGUUGAAGACGCGCAUUUGCUAACCCUCUUUGUUAACGUUUCCAGAAUUUGUUCUCCACGCCAAGUCUUUAGGCUCGCAGAUUCUGAUAGGUCUGCAAAGUCAAGCGGCUGUCAAGAAAGUUAGAAGAAUCUAUGCGGCACCUUUCGAGGAAUGCAACAGAAUGAGCAUCGAGCGGGGUCCAUCACAUGCUUAUGUCGACGCGUGUAUGGCCCUUGCGUCCAGGCAUGUGGGUAGGUUGCCCUCUAGGCAAAGUCUUAACUUGAUGGUCUUUGAGUAUCCAUUCAAGAUAGCCAGAUAGAACGUUAACACAAGCUACCAUUAACACAAGCUACCUACGGUGGGUUACGGCCGAGUCAAUUUUGACUCGGACCGUCGCAAAUUUGUCAGUGACGGUAUCAAAUACCGUCAGUAUUACCGGCGGUUUGCGUAACGCCGACUCAGGUUUAUGUUACAC